CUGAACGUGACUCUAUCCCCGAACGUGACCUUGCUCGGAUCGAGCUUUCCUUCGGCAGCUGUCUCUUUGUCUGCCUCGCUCACGUUGAUGAACUUUUAUGAGCGCUGAAUGUUAUGGUAAUGCAAAUCAGAAUGUGAACUAGAUAAUCUAGCAGCCAGGACGGUUAGGCAGCAUCAUGCAAGGCGAUGGCGAAGCUUUGGAGCUGCAGUGCCCGAUUUGUUAUGGCGAAUCGGCGCAAGGCGUGUACGCGACUCUGUGGUGUGGGCACGUCUACCAUGAGGAGUGCCUCGCACGCGCUUUGCAACACAAGAAGGAAUGCCCAACUUGCCGGCAACCCGCGAAGGUGGCAGGCACAAAGAUAAAGUGCCCGUGCCAAACGGGCAAGCCAAUCAAGCUCUUUCAUCUAAAACACCGGGGAGGGGCUGGCGGCGCGUCGCCGCUGCCUGGAGGUGUAGGUGGGGGCGCGGCGGCCGCCGGCGGCGAGCCCGGUGUGGAUGCGGCGGUGCUUGCGGCGGCAAAACAGCGGGCGGAGCGACUGCGCGAGGCUCUGGACGAGGAGCGGCAGCGGGGUGCGGAGCUGGAGCGCACACUGGUGCUGCAAGUGGAGGAGACGUCCCGCGCGCUGGAGAAGGCGGAGCGGCGCAAGCAGCGGCUGGCUGCACUUGAGCACGAGCACAAGCUGGCCGCGGCCAGGCUGGAGUCGGAGCGCACCCGGCUGGAGGCGCGCGUCAAGUGGCUGGAGGAGGAGGCGGCGGCCCGGGCCAAGAGCCUGCAGGGGCUGCGCAUGGAGUUGGCCAAGCUGCGCAGUGACCUGGGAGACAAGGACCAGCACCUCAUGCGCGCGCGCCGCGAGGCCGCCAACUGCCGGGCGCGGCUGGGGACCGCGCCGCCCACCGCCGCGGAGCUGAUGGAGCUGGCGGGAGACGACAAGGUCAGCUGGGCCCAAGUGUACUCGAUAACGGUUGAAGAGCGCAACCGGGCGCUGGAGGAGGCGCGGCGGCUGCAGGAGGCGGUGGCCAAGGGGCGGCUGGAGACGGAGACGCGGGCGGCGGCGGAGCGGCUGGCGGGAGAGGAGCGAGUCAAGGAGCGGGACGCCGAGCUGGACAGGCGGCGCCGCGAGCUCAUGCAGCUGGAGUACAAGCUGCAUGAGCUGCAGGCGCAGCUGGCGGAGGCGCAGCGGCAGGGCAGCGGGUCGCAGUCGCUGACGCCCGUGCCCACACAGCCCGCGGCCCUCGCCGCGCCACCGAGGCAACUCCAGCAGCCACAGCAGCAGCAUGGCCCGCGCGCGCGUCCCGCUGCCUUUCCGCCAUCUGCGGCGCCGCGGCAGCAGCACCUCGCUGAGCCGACCGCCGGCAAGCCGCAAGUGGCCUCCCGCUCUUCCGCCGCGUGGCAACAGCCUCAACAGCAGGCAGCAGGGGCCGCUGCCGCUGCCGAGGCGAUGGCGCCGGGCCAGAGCGGUGGCGGCGGCGACGGCGGUGUGCACCUGCUGGGCGAUAAGGAGCAGGCGAAAUUGCUCCUGGCUCAGAUGGAAGCCCAGAAGGCGUGGGCGCCGAAGCGCGGUGCAUGCGCAGGCGGCAGAGCCGGCGGCAGCGGGGAAGACGACGACGACGACGACGGCGACGAAGGCUUGGCCACCCUUGCGGACUUCUGUGGCGAAGAGGAGGAGGAGGAGGAGGAGGAGCAGGAGGAGGAGGAGAAAGAGGCAGGGCAGGAGAUGCAACCAGGCCAGGGGCCCUGGGGCGCUGGAGCGGGUAUAAAGCAGGUGGUGGCGCAGGCAGGUGCGGUGGUGGGCGCUGAGGAGGACCCCAUCCUGCUCGGUGAUAAUGACUGCGGCGACCCAGUGCCAGCGCUGCCCAGGGCGGUGUGCGGGCUGUUCGCCGGUGGCGGAGGAGGCGGAGGAGGAGGAGGCGGAAGCGGAGGAGGCGGCGUUGGAGGCGGCAGCAGAGCGGCUGGCGGCAAAGCCGUCGCCACAGGUGCAGCCGGUACGGCUGCGACGGCGGGGGCGGCCUCCACAGUGCCUUCGUUCGCCAAAAAGGCUGCGGGUUUGGGUAUCUUUGGGGGCAGCAGGCUCAUCGGCGAGGGCCCGGACGGCCGGGGCGGCACCACACGCUUCCCGCUCACGUCCUCAUUCGCAAUGGACCAGCUGCAGAGCAAGUCCAGCGGCACGAAGGGCGGCAAGGGUGGUGGCAAGGGCAGCGGGGCUGCUGGCGCUGCGGGGCGGCAGGGCGUGGGUGCCGCGGGCCGCAUUGACGCCUUCCUGAAGCGAGUAGUCCCAGCAGGCCCCGGCCCGCGCUAAGCUCCGCCACCGUGUCGCGGUGCGUGCCGCCGCUGGAGGUGCUGGACGGUGCCUGACACGGUGCGGAGGAAGGGCAGGUGCAGGUGUGGCCCAGCUCCUCCACCCUCAUGCAUGCCAUCAUCCUCCCAGCAGCACGCCGCGCAUCCACAACACCAGGCGGGAUAGCGCAGCACGUCCAGUCCCGCAAAUCCACGAAGGGAUCGCCAUACAUAUUUGGGCCCUGUUUGGGACCUGCUACAUGUGCUGGCGGUCAAACUUGCUUGGGUUUGAGGCAAAGAUGGGCACCGCUCGACUUCGCAGCGGAGGCCCUCACUGUGAGCAUGUUCACUUCACAUAUAUACGGAAGUUGACUCGGGGGCCUCCCAGUGUUGGUUGUGCAUAACUAUGCCUCCCGGCGUGCUGAUUGAGUACUCUGAUGCAUCCAGGGGGCUGUCGGGCCUGGGCCUGGGCAACACGCAGCAUGUAAUCUGGAACGAUGCCCUGUCAUUGACACCCCGUGCGCAAUACCUCUUGAUGGAGGCUCAAUGUUGCGGUCGUAACUCUUAAACCUUACAGCUUCGGAAACGCCAUUCCAUGCUUGCAAACCAGCUUGCCGAGUCUUGCGCUGGCACGGUUCAAUGGUGCACCCAGUUGCAUCCCUGCACAGGCGUCUCCACGUAUAGGUUUACUUGUCAUCUGAAUGCCCUGGGCACUUGCACUGCCGAAAUUAAGGAUCCGUGUGGGCCCAUCGUCGCCAAACAAGUCAUAACGGCAUGACAUAGCAAAGAAGUCGUUGAAUGAGUCUGCACAAAAGUCCAAAGCAUGCCACUCCAUAAUGUGUUUAAAUAAGGCACACUCGUCGGUGUCGAAUUCGGAGUUCAACACCGAAAAGCGCAGUGCUUACGAAGCGCAAAACCGUAUGCUGCGAAACUGGUUCUCGAAAACCUGUCAGUGCAUCUGAGCCUUUAGGUUGAGUCGGAUAAUUAUCUUUAAGGUU